AUGAAAACUCCAAUUAUAUUGAAAAUAUUUUACCUCGAGAUUGUGCUGCUGUGUGUUCUCUGCCAGUCUUCAGAUGCAUGUUCUGAAACCUCGAAACAAAAUAAUGUCACAAUCCCAAUGGAGCAAAGGUACCGACAAUGGAUGAAACGACAUGGACGAAAAUAUGGUAGCAGAGAUGAAUGGAAUUUUCGCUUUGGGAUUUACCAAUCCAAUCUUCUAUUUAUUGAAUACAUAAAUUCUCAGAAUCUUACCUAUAAACUGAGGGACAAUAAAUUCGCAGACAUUACAAACCUGGAAUUCAGAAAUGCCUACUUGGGUUAUAAGAGCCCGAGGUUUUCACGCAAGGGACAACAAAAUUUUACAUUUGAUGGUUCUCUAAUACCACCAAGCAUAGAUUGGAGAAAGAGGGGUGCAGUAACUGCUGUCAAAAAUCAAGGCACCUGUGGCAGUUGCUGGGCAUUUUCUGCAAUAGCAGCUGUAGAAGGCAUCAACAAGAUCAAGACUGGAAAAUUAGUCUCUUUAUCCGAACAAGAACUCGUAGACUGUGAUUACAACACAGAUAACAAAGGCUGUCAAGGUGGAUACAUGGAAAAAGCAUUUGCUUUCAUCAAGAAAAUUGGUGGAAUAACAACAGAAAAAGAUUAUCCUUACGUAGGAAAAGAUGACAGAUGUAACACCACCGAAAGAAAAAAAGGUGCAGUGAAAAUAAGUAGCUAUAAAGCGAUACCUGCCGGUAGUGAGAAAGCUCUACUUGCUGCAGUGGCAAAACAACCAGUAUCUGUUGCCAUUGAUGCUGGAGGCUAUGACUUUCAACUGUACUCUAGCGGGAUCUUCUCUGGUUAUUGUGGCAAAGAUCUCAAUCAUGGCGUUGCAUCUGUUGGCUAUGGAGAAUCAAAUGGUGAGAAGUACUGGCUCGUGAAAAAUUCAUGGGGCGCUCACUGGGGUGAAGCAGGUUAUAUAAAAAUGAAGCGUGAUUCUACUGAUAAAGAUGGGAUAUGCGGCAUUGCAAUGGAAGCUAGCUACCCGAUUAAAAAGUCUUGA